GUUGUUGCAGCUAGUUGUAUCUUUUGAAACAUGGCAGAAGCACAAAUACAGCCCAUAGAUAUUGUGGAAAGAAUAUUCAGCAACUGGACUGCCCUGCGAAUGGCUGUCGAACAUGGCAUGGGAUCCCAGGCUGAGGCUUACAACUUUUGCGGAUACAUAGCAGAGCUCUUGGAGAUCAAUGACCAGCAAAUGCACUACACAGAUUUAUCCAUAGAGUUGGAGAACUAUUUGGAUGAGAAGUUUAAUACGACGCUUGAGGACGACAGUGAGAAGCAAGUUGCCCAAGAUCUUGUUAAGUUUCACCUCUUGAUGAUCAAGAAAGAUGUGGCAUCUCUGCAGGCAGAGUUUUCAAGACUACCAAGUCUUCAGCCUUGGAUUCAAGAUCCUACAGUCUUAAAAAAGGUUGAAAGUGACAGUGAGAGUGAUGAUGAAGAAAUGGACACUGAUGACAAUGACAAUGAUGGUGAUGAUAACAAAGAAAGUGGUAAAAGUAAACCAAAGGGUGGAAUGGAAGUUGACCAAGAUGGUUGGACCAUUGUGAAAAAGAAUAGAUAACAUGACACCUUGGCUUAAUUUUUCUACUCAUUCAACUUUGUAAAUAAAAGCAAACGCCAUCCCGUUACGUUAAAACGUGUAUAUAUCUUUGAAAACACUU